ACAGCACACUUCCGGUACAUAGAGACAAAAACAGAGCAGCAGCAUCGCGGUGGGAGCAGAGAGGAGGGCGACCCGUCGACGACGAGCCGUGGGGAUUAGUGUGAGGAAGGUGGUCCAGCUAGCUACAACACAGAGGUGAAGACACCUGCAGACGGACGCACGGACGCCCGCCCCGAGCCAUGGUGAAGAUCAGCUUCCAGUCUGUCGCGGGACAGAAAGUGGAGAAGGAGAAUGACGGCGACAAGACCGAGAUCCUCAUCCCUCAUCCGAUGGAUGAAGAUGAGCUGGUCCUGCCUCUGAGGCCUAAGAAGUCUCCCCUCAAUGGCCUUUGCUGCCUGACGUUUGGCCUGGUAGUCUUCAUGGCUGGCCUCGUCCUGGCCUCCAUCUAUGUCUACCGCUACUACUUCAUACCUCAUAUCCCAGAGGAGAACCUGUUUCACUGCAGGGUGCUUUACGAAGACUCGGCCUAUGCCCCUCUGCGUGGGCGCCAGGAGCUGGAGGAGAACGUUGGCAUCUACCUGGCUGACAACUACGAGAAGAUCACUGUGCCCGUGCCUCACUUUGGAGGCAGCGACCCUGCCGACAUAAUCCACGACUUCCACAGGGGACUGACCGCCUACCAUGACAUUGCCCUGGACAAGUGCUACGUUAUCGAGCUCAACACCACCAUCGUGAUGCCUCCACGCAACCUCUGGGAGCUUCUUAUCAAUGUCAAGAAGGGAACGUACUUGCCUCAGACCUACAUCAUCCAUGAAGAGAUGGUGGUGACUGGCAAAGUUCACAACAUGCGUCAGCUGGGACCUUUCAUCUACCGCCUGUGCAACGGGAAGGACACGUACCGCCUGAACCGCCGCGUCACCCGCAGGCGCAUCAACAGGCGCGAGACGAAAGACUGCCACCACAUCCGCCACUUUGAGAAUACAUUUGUGGUGGACACGGUUAUCUGCGAUGAAGCGUGAACGCCGCCGUCGCCGUCCCUGAGAUCCCACCCACCCAAAGGCACAUCUCCAGUCACUACCCCAGCCACUGUAGCACCCUCCUGUCGACCUGAUCGUGUCUGAGUUGCACUUUACUUGUGAUUUUUUGUUCGGUGAAAAGAGAUUUGUUUGUUAUUCGUUCAUUUUUAUUUAAUCCCUGCCUGUUGUUUUUUUUCUGUUUCCCAUAGGUAAUAUUUACUCUGACAUGUGAUGCAAUACUAAGCUGUCGGUUCUAUCACAGGAUUUUCCAUGUAGCAAAGUCCUUAAGCCAGUAAUAAUUUAUCAUUUCAAGACCUCUCCACUCGGGGAUUUGUAUGAUGGUUACUGUCGUUGGGGGAUAUGAGUGUCUCCAUGUGUUGUCAAGGUGACUGUACUUUGUUUUGUUUUUUUCUCCUGCCCUGGGGGUUACUUUAUGUUUGCUCUGCUAACAGUCAUCUCUGCAAAGCAUGAAGGCUUGUUUUCCUGAGCAAAUCCUUCUGGAUUUCUUUUUUGUCUUCUCAUGUUCUCUGUAAUGUAAACAUGUAACUGCUGAUGAUGAGUAGCUUGCCUUGCAUAUUUAUCUUCUUGCUUGCCUCUUGCUUCCUCGCUCCACUUUCUGCCUUUUCAUCUCAAGCAUCAUCACACACCAGAAGGUAGAGAAGAGAAGGGUACAUUUGGCAGUAGGCUGCAUUCCUCUGACCAUUUCAUUGAAAUGCGUGAACACUGAUUCUCAUUUCUCUUUUGUGUUUCUAUCGCCCAUUGCAUUUAUUACUCAGUUUUACAGUAAUCUUUCUUUCCCCUUGCAUGUGCAUAUACGAGAAAAAGAGCACUCUUAGAAUGUUUUGUAAAACAACGUUUAAUGCCUUAGUCCAGAGUCAGACACUGGACUAAAGUCAGUACCACUGAACGGGAGCACAUUAUAUGUUAGCUAAACAAAACCAACUUUGAACUGUAUAUUUUGUCUGCUAAUGAAAUCUUGUCUGUGAAUAAAAUGGUAAAAAUUA